AUGACCACGCACCCCGAGCUGCCGCCAUGCGCCGCUCGCCGAAACAGCGCCCCUCCUGCUCACCCAACCCCCGGAAAUAUCUGCAUCAACGUACGUAAAUAUCUGCAAAUAUCAUCUGCGCCCCAGGUGCUGUACGAGGAGACUAAUGGUGACGCCAUCAUCACCACUGGCGUGGGGCAGCACCAGAUGUUUGCGGCGCAGUGGUACCCCUUCAAGGAGCCCCGCCGCUGGGUCACCUCCGGCGGCCUCGGCAGCAUGGGCUUCGGCCUGCCCUCGGCGCUGGGCGCGGCGGCGGCAUUCGAUGGCAAGCAGGGGCGUGAGAGCAAGAUCGUUUGGGACAUCGACGGCGACGGCAGCUUCCUCAUGAACUGCCAGGAGCUGGCCACCGCCUUCAUUGAAAAGCUCAACACAAAGGUGCUGCUGCUGAACAACCAGCACCUGGGGAUGGUGGUGCAGUGGGAGGAUCGAUUCUACAAGGCGAACCGCGCGCACACUUACCUCGGGAAGCGCGAGGCCGAGUGGCACGACACCAAGGACGAGGCCGACAUCUACCCCAACUUCGUGCUCAUGGCGCAGUCGUUUGGUGUCCCUGCUGAGCGCGUCAUCCGCGUGGAGGACCUGCGGGCCGCCAUCCGCCGCGCCAACGAGACGCCGGGGCCAUACCUGGUCGAGGUGGGUGGCGCGUGGCCGGGUGACGCGGCCGGGUGA